AUGUUCAGUUUGGUCAAUGGUGUUUACGACAAUUACUUGGCUCCCGUACAGAUCAAUUUGCUGAUCGUGGGUCCCGCAGGAGUUGGAAAGACGGCACUUCUGGAGCGAUUAAAGGUGACCCAAUUUCCCAAACGACCUCGCAAACAGCCAUCCUUGUCCCUAGCACCGUUGCCACCAAUACUGGAAGAAAGCUUUGUCCCAGAAGAUGAUGAUGAAGAGGAAGUGUACGAAGCUGUUGGCAAGAUGGAAACGACGACUACUAGCACCGAAGCAUCAACCGCAGCCGACGACAAGGAAGCAAAAGAUCUCACCGCUCAACUGCCAAGAAUGAACUCGGUCACAUCGUCAUCUUCCCUCAGCAAAACUACACCUCACAAGAAUUCGCGUCGGCGCAGCAAUUCCCAUUCCUUCUCGCCCACACCUGCGAUAGUUGUCACUCAAGCACAGCGUCGAGGAUUGGCCAGACUCAUUUGCCCGGCUCCCAAACGUUACCACGAUACCAAGGGUGACGAAGACGAAGAAUUUGUUCCAUAUGACAACAACUCCAUUACGUCUCAUGCCGACGAUGAACAUAGCACUUCUCAGAAUAGCAGCAACAAUGAAGCACCAAAGGGACGACAACGGACACAUUCAAAAGAGUUCAACGUUGAUGAAGCCUUGGAUAUUAAUGGUGGUGACGCUUCACCACCAUCAGCAAAAACAAAAACAGCAACGAAUGGAAUCGCCCCCAAACGGACGAGCAUUAGCAACAUUCCACAAACGGUUGGAUCAAGAGCAGCAGCUGCACCAAGAAUGACGCAAGAUGCUGUAAAGGCAGCCUUGUUGCAAGCCAACGACAAGGAAGUGGAUCGCAAAUACAAUUCGAAAAUGUUGUCUUUGGAUAAGAUUCGACCGACCAUCGGAACCAAUUUGGGCAAGAUCAAUAUGUAUGGUGUUCAAGUGAACUUGUUUGAUGUCGGUGGCACAAUGCACGAUUUGUGGGACAAAUAUUACGAUGAUUGCGAUGGUGUAGUCUAUUGUUGGAAAUUGGGUGGUGAUGAUAGUGGUGACCACAAAGAAGAGGGAGAGGACACGAAGGAACCAUUGGAUGCUGCGAAGCAACAAGAAGUAUUAGAGCAAGUUCGAAAGGCGAUACCGGACGACGUUCCAUUCUUGGUAUUGGGACAUAUUUUUGGGAAUGCCAAUGUUCGGCUGACGGACAAAAUCUAUGGCACCAAUUAUUUGCUGCCACACUAUCAUAACCCCAUGACUGGACUGUGUUGUGGAUCUGCCAAGACAGGGGUAGGAAUCCAGUCAGCAAUGGAAUGGCUCAUUCCCUUGUCCAAACGACAGCAAAAGGAACGACUCUCUCGCAAAAGUAGCAGCAGUAGCAGCAGCAGUCUGCCAAAGAAACCCUAA